AUGUCCCCAGUUGUGGACGAGACAGCGGGGGACCUCCCAGUCAGAGAUGUGGGUCUGAUGAAAAGAGCCCUGAUGCCGGCUGCUCCAGACCCUCAGCGGUUGUUUCGGUUUCCCAGGGCGCAGCUGGAGGACCUGUGCCUCCGGCUGCAGGAGGAGAACAGCGUGCUCAGACAGCACACGCGUGCACAGGAGCAGAGGCUGCGCAGGAUGUCCACACGGCUGAUGCGUCUGCGUCAGACCCGCCCUGGCUCCGGCGCUGUCAAGGACAGGGACAUGGAGGACACGGUGCAGGAGCUAGAGGCUCGAGUGGCGAUGCUGGAGAGCCAGAAAGAAGUUCUGCAGGACAAGCUCUGCUUAGCCAAGCAGCACAUUGUGGACUUAGGGGCUCGCACACCUUACAAACUCAGCAGAGGUAAACAUGUGGAGGGGGAGUCAGGAGUCAGGAGGGCAGCACAGACUGCUCCGCCACGAUGCGGCGUCACAUUGGAGGACACCAGGGCAGAGAUGGAGAGAUUCAGGUCCAGCUUGACAGACCAGGUGAGGAUGGCAGAACUGGAGCUGACGGCUCAGGCGCUGAAAGACACACUGAGAGAAAAAGAGAAGGAGGUGGAGGGAACGAUUAGAGAGCUGAGGAAGCAGCAGGCUGACAAACACAGAACAACCAUCAGGGAGAAUGUGGAUCUCAUUCGUCUACAAAAGCAGCUCUCUGAAAAAAGUGCAUCCCUGAGAGUCAGCCAAGAGAAGGUCAACAGUUUGCAGGAGGCUUAUGAGAAUCAGCUUGAAGAGACUCAGAGGUCACUAAAGGAGAGCCAAGGGGCUCUGCUGGAGAAAGUGGAGGAGUUGACUGAACAGCUGAAGCAGGAAAGACAGAAAAGUCUGACGCUGGAUGGACAGCUCACCACCACCACUCUGUCUCUACAGGCCCUAGACAAGCUCCAGGAGAGGAUAUCAGACCUGGAAGGAGAGCGAGACACGAUUAAAAAAAGCUAUGACACCCUAUUGAUGAGUGCUUUGUCUACCCACAGCAGCCGUAAUGACCAGGAUGAGAAACUCAGAGAGGUGGAACAGAAGGAGAAGUUGGUGGAAAACAUCUGCAGUGAGGACGUUCAGAGACUGGAGGGGAUGCUGCAAGCAGAGAGGGAGGAGAGGAGCAAGCUGGGGCUGGAGAAGGAGAAACUGAGACAAGAGAAGGAGACGCUCGAGGAGCAGAGAAAACAAGAGGAAGACUUGUCUGUGUGGAUGAAAGAGAGGCAGGAGCAUCUGGAACAAGAGGUUGUCCAUUACAAACAGCAGGUCUUCACUCUGCAGAACAGACUGGACUCCAUUUCUAAGGAGUUCGACAUGAGCAUCGAGGAACUCAGUGAAACUCUUGUGCAGAUCAAGGCCUUUAGGAUGCAGCAGGAGAGCAGGGAGGGCCUGCGCUUCCUCUUGGCUGAUGGAAAGGUGGAAGAUUCAACCAGUGAGCUCGUAAAUAUUCAGGCUUCUUAUGCAGAGACUGUGCUUGAGCUACAGAAAACCAGAAACCUGCUGCUGCUGGAGCACAAAAUCACCACAGACCUGCAGGAAGAGUUAAAUACAGUCAACCAAAAGGCAGAAAGAGACAAGGAAGAGAACAGGAGGAGGACAGCAGAGAAAGACAAACUUUUAGCUAAAAGAACUCUUCAGAUCAACACUUUACAAGCUCAGUUAAAAGAGUUGGCAUACAGCCCAAGGAGCUACAAACGAACCAUACCAAUACAGUACACCUGGCCAGCAGGAGACCAUGAAGUGGUCCAGCCCAUCGAAGAUGAUCUGAGUUUUUCUCAGCUAAAGGCUGGAGAGUCACUGUUGGAGAUCCACCUUAAGGCUGCCACCUUCACCCCCACAGGGCUCCGCAUCAUGAGUAACAUCCAUCCAGGAGUGGACAGAAGUGAAACUAUUGUGACCUUCUGCACCUACUGCCUGUUGGACUUUGAAAUGCACUCCACUCCUCUCGUGUCAGGAAGCCAACCAACCUACGGCUUUACGUCCCGCUACGCUCUGACAGCCCGCGAUCUGGGCAGGCUGGGAGGUCAGGGGUCGAGAGUGCAAGUGGAGCUCCACCAGGCGUUAGGGGGAGUCCGGUUUGUCACCCAUGGAAGUGGACACAUGUUGCUCAUGGGCGCCAUGGAGAGGAGAGGAGAGCGAAUUGGUGGAGGUGUCAACAUCAAAGGUCAUGAGGGCGAAAUCUUUGGUGUUGUGGAUUUUUGGGUGCGUCUUUUCCCUCCGGCAGAACCCAUUGGUGCUGUGGCAGAGAGCGCAGCUGAAAGGAGAACAGUAACUCAGAGGAGCCAAGCUCAGAUUAUGCUCGGCUGGCAAGACAGCGUUCAUGAGGGCGAGAUGAGCUUUGAGCAGGACUUCCUGGUGGAAGGUGGUUGUUUGAGUAUAAAGACCAAUGGGACGGAGUACAGAGAGGUCCGACAGUUUCAGUCUGAUCACCACCUGGUCCGCUUUUACUUCGUGACGCGCGUCUUCUCCGAGUACAUGCAGAAAAUCAUGGACGACAUCCGCCACGGCUUGAAACCCGAUGUGGUCAUCGUCAACUCCUGCAUCUGGGAUAUUUCAAGAUACAGAUCGAGUUGGACUGAAGACUACAAGGAUAACCUCCAUAAGUUCUUUAAUGAGCUGAGGAUGAUCCUGCCGGAGGAGUCCCUGAUCAUAUGGAACCUCACCAUGCCCUUAGGCGAGAGCAUCAGAGGUGGCUUUCUGGUGCCUGAGAUUGAGCACAAAGUUCCCCAGCUGCGUUUUGAUGUGAUUGAAGCCAACUUCUUCAGCGGGACUCUGGCCGAUGUCUAUGACAUGGACGUGCUGGACCUCCACUAUCAGUUCCGGUUCUCCCUGCAGCAUCGCACAAAAGAUGGAAUCCACUGGAAUGCCAUUGCACACCGCAGAAUAACCUCUCUUCUGAUGCAGCACAUCGCGCAGGCCUGGGGAGUGAUACUGCACUAUCCACUGACUGCUGAUGCAGUAAACUCCACCUGCCAUGGAGAUGAUUUCUCUAGCGAUUCUCUUCCCAUUGGCUACUUGAGCUUUGAUAACCCAGAGCCGCAGCCUCAUUGCCAUGAAAAUGCAGAGAAUUUCAGACCUGCUGUCCAACCGCUGCCUCACCGGCCACCUUGCAGACGUCCGUAUGAACAAAACCCGUCAAGGAACGGUUUUGGCAACCAGCCUACCCACUACUUUGAGCACCGUGAGGAGUAUCCUCGUCACCACGAUGACCACUUUGUGAUGCGGAACCGUCACAGCAGACGCCACUACGCCCCGUACACUCACCACAGACCAGCGCACCACGGCUUUUACUGACGAGGAUGUGCACGUCUCUCUCAUCCCUGCUCGAGAGUGCAUUUUAGUUUAGAAAGUUCUCGUCAGCGCCUCGAUACAAAUGUAAAAUGUUUUUAUUUGGGAUGUUUUCAGGUUCGGCUUUUUAAAACUUCAUGCAGUUUCCUGACUGUACCGUUUAAGAUCUUUAAAAUAUAACGCCUUUUAAUAAAAGCUUCCCGUCCACAAGUCAUGGCUGUACGAGGCGUCUGCCGAAAAAACAGUUUCGCUUGUUGUUGUUUUGUUAAUUACCAAUAAAGUUUACCAUAAACUGU